CUCAGACGUACCGUAGGUGAGAAAUGAGGAAAGCGUGAAGAAUUUUGUCGACAGAGGUACGGUACCAUAGUCGAGACUGAUAGCUCUGGGUUCAACAACUCCACUCUCUCUCUCUCUCUCGCUCGCUCUGUCGCAAUCUCGCUCUUGUGACCAUGUCGGAAGCAGAGGCGGUAGUGGAUGCCAAUCCCCAAGACCAAUCCGCCAGUGCUACUGUGGACGAUGACCCAUUUUCGGAUGCCAAGGAGGCGUUUGGCUCGAUGUUUCUGAGUGAAAAACGGAAUGAGUCCAACAAGUUGUUUAAAGAAUUGGACAAGGAUCGUAAUGACGGUGCUUCCAGCGAAGAGAUUGCCCAAUUUGUGGCGUCCAAUGACAAGUUGUGGAUGUUGCUCAGUGUCAAUUUGGAUCAACCUCCGGAAGUGGCCGCCAAGAUAGCCACUCGCGUCGCCAUGGAACUCGCCACAGGAUUGACAGGAGAAGAAGCCAUGGCCGCCGUCUUGUCCAAGGAUCAGUUUCACACCUUUCGAAAAAAGUACAUUUUGGAUCCAGCGGGAUCGCAAGAGUUUUUCUUUCGCGCCGUAUUUGCCUCGUUUGACACGGACAAUAACAAUGUUCUGGACACCAAGGAACUCGAUCAGUUUCUAGAUAUCUUUUACAAGUCGGGCUCGGCCUUUCAGGGAGCCAUGGGAACCAUCAAGUUACCUCCCAAAGACAAACUUCACGACAUUUUCUUGAAGGAAUUCGAUGACAAUGGUGAUCAGGAGCUAUCGUUUGAUGAAGUACGCAUGAUUAUUAGUGGACAGAUCAGAGCCGAAAUGGCAGAGGAAAUCGAGGCGCAAGCGCUGGAGGCGGAGCGUCUGGAGAAAGAACGCGUGGAGAAGGAGCGUCUGGAGAAGGAAAGCCGUAGAAAAGAAAAGGAGGAAGAAGAGAGAAAGAAAAAGGAGGCAAAGCUUCAGGGAAGCAAGACUCAAAGUAAGUCAUCGUCCUCUGUGGCAACGUCCUCGUCGAGCACACAAGAUGGAACGGAAGGAGCGGUGGAAUCGACAAAUAAGGAUGAGGACGAUGGGUGUGCGCUUUGUGAGUGGGUUGCGGGUUUGUUCGGUGCAGCUCCUGCUGCCAAGGCUUAGCUUGCUGACUAGGCGACGCAGAAUUACUGCCCGGCACGUACGCCACCUACAUGAUGGAUUGAACGUUGAUUGCAUGAUUGCUGACUAACAGCAAAGAGACAGAGAAGGUAACCGCAAAUAUAUAGCAUUAUGAGACUCCUUUCCAAUCCUGGUUGAGCGAAUGAAGACAAUCUUACUUCAGCCACAGGAGAACUGUGAUUAAUAUUUCAUACAUUAUUGGUACGGAUUGUGACCUGUUCGCCGCAGUUCUUCUUGUUGUCUUCGUUGAGUA